AUGCAUAAUUACCAAUCAACAUCUGUUCUGUCAUCAUCAGAUUAUUCUGUUAUACCUCCAGUUGAAUGGAAUGAUAAUCAAUUGGAACAAUUAAUUCUUGAGGCUAAAUCGAAUUCAAAUGCUAGUUAUUUAUUAUUAUUAGAUGGUGGAGAAGAUAGAUUAUCAUCGAGCACUAUUCCUGCUACUACUUCUACUAUUGAUGAUAAUAAUGAUAAUAAUAAUGCAUCUUCACGUUCAGAACGACAUCCAUCGACUUCAUCAAAAGUGAUUGCUGAUGAAGUAGAAAUGCUGUUUGAAGUAAUCCAAGAAAAUGAAUUAGAAUCAUCAUCACAUACAAUCACUGCUGGUUGUGGUGGCGAGAUUGGUGGCGGCAAUGGCGAUGGCGGUGGGGAUAUUGGAACUGGAACUAUUAUUGUUGAUGGGGAUAAUUCUUAUCGUAAUGAAAUUAAUUGGCAAAAUGAUGCUAAAGCUGUUGCACGUAUCUGUGAACAACUUCAACAAGGUCUAGUUUCCAACAAUAAUAAUAGUAAUAAUAACAAUCAUAAUAUUACUACUAUUACUACUACAUCAGAAUUGUCAGGAUAUUCUAGUAACAAUAGCAUUAUAAACAAUUCUUCGUCUACCUCUGCUACUGCUACUUCUGCUGAUGCUCUGUCGGAAUAUGGUUCGAUAUCACGGAGUAAUAAUAAUAAUUACAUGAAAAUGUCAUCUAAACACGGAUAUACUGAAAUACACAUCAAAUUUCAUACAAGUCCAUUCACUUUUGUUGCUAUGCCUAUCAACCCGCUACUGGUGACUACUCGUACAACUUGGUCAAGUUUUCCACCUCAAACGACGAGUACAGUUCAACGAAGAUUCAGCGGUGGCUCUAGUGGUGGUGGCGGUGUCAAUAAAGCGGCUGUAGCAGCUGCUUUAGCCAGUCAACAAGCAGCAGCAAGUCAAAGGAAUCAAUUGACAAAUCAACGUCUAUUAGCUGAACAACGUAAACGUCUUAUACAACAUCAAUUAUAUAAUCAAGUAGCUGUAUACUCAUUGAAUUCACCAUCAAAUAAUUAUAAUUCACCUUAUGAAGGUGGUGGUGGUACUGGUAACAUUGAUCCGUAUCAUCAAGGGAAUACCUUCAUAUUGAAUGAAAAUAUCCCCCAUGGAAUUGAAAGUAUACCGGUGAUUGUUACUGCUGUGCCUGUUGCGUCUAAUACAAUAACGAAUAUUACUACUGCGACUACUGUUACUCCUCCACUAUCUUAUGUUAUACCUAGUCAUAAAUCAAUAACACGAAGAAGAAGAUCAUUGUGUUUAGAUGGAAGCGGAUGCGGAGGAGGUGGUGGAGGUGGACAGAAUUUCAACUCAGGUGUAUUAAGCUUAAAUGCGACAACAGUGCAUUCCUCUACUAAUUCAGCGUCAAUUAGUACAGCAUCAAAGAUAUCUGGUUUCUAUCAUCCACAUCAUCAUCGGCCAGAAGAUUUAUCACGAUGUUUAAAAGAAGUUGGUCCCAAUGUUCGCGUUGAAUUAUCAUGCAAGAUUCCUGUUAAUGAGAAUCAUCAUCAUUCAAGCAAUAUGAAUAAAAUGCCUCAUGUCUAUUCAGCAACGAGCAUCGACAGUAAUAAUAAUAAUAGUAAUAAUUGUACUAUCAGCAUUGGUAAUGCAACGAAAAUGCUACAACAAUCCUCUAAAUCCUUACAACAACACCACCAACAGCCACGGAACCAUCAUUUAGGACCUACUAUUACUUCUACUACUACUACUACUCCUGGAUCAAUAUUUCAUAAUCCUGAUCCUAUUAUCCAAUCAUCAUCAAGUAAUGCUAAUAAUCCUAAUUCAUCAAGUAAAGGACAUCCAUCUACAUCAGUGUAUUGUACACCAUCGACAGUUGUUGUUCUUGUACCGUCUGCUGCCGGUGCUGGUUCCUCCAUGAACAGUUUAAGAAUGACAUCAAGAAAUCAAAUAUCACCUGAAAAUCAACAACAUUUAUCAAUUGUGGAUAAUAGCCGUUUAGUUAAAGCUGAACUACGACAAGCAUUGGUUGGUCGACAAGUUAUCUAUCAGAAUAGCAUUAACAACAACAACAAUACCACAACUAAUAAUAAUAAUGUUAUUGAUAAUAAUCGCAGGGGAUAUCAAUGCUCUCAGGUAUUACUACCACCUUCUAAUCAAUUCACUGAUUCUCUUCCUUCUUCAAUGAUGAAUAUGUAUCAUACUACUAGUUGUUAUACUUCUUCAUCAGUACUUGGAGUUGAUCAAUUUUCUAAUUCAUCUAUAUUGCCUUGUUCCACGACGACUAUGGGGACGACGUCGACAAUACAUCGUACACCGCCUCCUCCUCCUCCUACUACUACUAUGACUCGUGGAGUUAUCCCCUCAACCAUGAGGGGGUAUGAUCAUCAUAAUCCUAAUCAAAUUGUAUCCGGUGUACAAAAUUCUAUGAGCAAUGUUAAUAAUAAUAAUAAUAAUAACAAUUGUCAACAAUGGUCACCAACUGUAUUACCUCAAUCUGUUUAUAUUCGUCAGGGUUCUUUAAAUUUAGAUAUUAAUACUACUAACAGUAAUAAUAAUAAUAGUAGUAACAACAAUAUAUCCACCUCAUAUAAUGUUUAUCCUUCUCAGUCAAUUCAUUUAAUUCAUGAUGAUAAUGGUGGAGAUCCAUUCGAUUUUCUUAAUUACAAUAGUAAUAAUAAUAAUUCAUCAUAUUUCAAUAAUACAUUCAGCUAUCCAAGUGUUCAUCCAUUAACACCGUCCAGUUUAUCACCGAUCAGUGUAUCAGCGAAUACAUCACCGUGUUCUAGUACAACCUCCCAGACAGCUUUAUUGAAAUCACCAAUUUGUCAGCCUGGAGGAGGUGGAGGUGGAGAAUUUCUACACACCUCUGAAUCAUCAAUAUCAUCAUCCUCUUUCAUAAUGAAUAAUCAUCUUAGUAAUAAUAACAGUAAUUAUUAUUAUGAGUCGAAUCCUUUGGGUGUAUCAUACGAUGCGGUCGCCACCACCAUCGCCGCGACCUCCUCCUCCUGUUAUUUGUCUAAUAAUCAUUCAAAUUAUACUUCUACUACUACUGCUCCUCUUCCGACCACUACUAUUACUGCAACACCUGUUAUGCCUAAAAGUUCCUCAUCAUCAUCCUCAUUAUCAGUUGCUGCUUCAACGAAUUCAACAACACUGGUGUAUAAUUUAACUAGAGAUCCAUUAGAUUUCCAAUUGUCCACAUCAACAUCGUUAGGAGUUGUUAAUCAUCAUUUGGAGACAAUGAUGUUACAAUCAGAUUUCAGAAAUCAUCAACAACAACAGCAGCAACAACAAGAAGAGAAUCUAUUACCGGAUGAUCUUAUUAAUGAUGUAUUUGAUCUUGAAAUUAUGAUUGCAGCGAAACAUCAACAACAACAACAUCCAAAUGAAACUCCUUUCACUUCAAGUGAUGAAUUCGAUUUUUUAACUAAUGCCACAACAUUAGAAGAAGAAGAAGGUGACAACAGACAUCCUCGACAACAUUGUUGUUAUUCACCAACUACUAGCAUCCAUAACACCUUCAAGAUGUCAUUAUCCCCUGAUACUACAACUAGUAGUAGUACUUCUACUGCGCUGCCUACCAGUGGAGCAUUGUCCAACUCUGUCGUAGCAAAUCAAUGUACUGUAACAAGAUGA